GUCAUUUGACACAGGUCAAUCGAGAUAUCGAAACGGCAGUCAUAAAUCAUAACUGAACACACGCAAGAAUAUCUUAUCUGAUGGCAAACUGUGAUUAUUUUCAUAGGGCCAUACUGUUUUGAUAAAAAGCCUUAGAAUAUAAAUUGAACAAUUAUGGAUACUCCAAAACUACUAUCAGGAGAAGACCUGGUAACCAGGGGAGUUACGAAAACAUUUGGUAGUCUCCCCGAGAUUGGAGCGAAAGAUGUGACGCCUAAUGGUUCGUGGUUGGAGCAAAAGCAAAUUCAAGCUGCUUUAGAAGCAAGAAAACAUUUGGUAGAAGUAGAAAGGAUAGAGAAGUUUGGUACAUUAAGCCAGGCAGAAUGGAGGGAUGAUCUAAAACUUGCCGAAGUAACAAAGCAGACGGGAAGCUAUUGGCAAUUCUUUGGACAUAAUGCUGGAAAAAAGUUGUAUCUCAGAUCUGAAGAAGCAUUAUUUUUAAUGGAAGUUAAUUGCUUACAAUUGAAGCACAAUGAAAUUACAGUAUCCUUACAGAAAGCAUAUUCUUUGCUGCUUGGUGAUGAAUUCUCAAUAAAUCAAUACAAAGUGUAUGCUUCCCUAAGUCGGUUGGGCUAUAAAGUAUUUAGACACAGAGAAAUAAAUAUAACUAGUGAAAAGGAAACACAAUCUGAAGCAGUUCCAGGGACUUCUAAAAGUGAUUCACUAGGUAUCAGUCCAGAAAAUGAAGAUGACAUAUCAAAUGCAUUUGAUAAGGUGGAAAAUAGUACUGAAAUAGCUACAGAACAAGAAAGUGCAGAAGCUACAAUCAUUUUAGAUGUAGCUGGAAAACCUCACAAGAAUGUUGAAGGGGAAAAUAUUAAUGAAAAAGAAAAUAGUACUGAACUUACUGAAAAAACUGUACAAGAAAAUAAUCAAUCAACAACAAAAAAAGGUACACAAAGUCCUUGUGCCAGUAGUAACAGUAAUGAAGAGCAGGAUAGUACAGUAACGAAUAAACAAAGCUCACCAGAGAAUAAUAACAAUUCAGGUGAAAAGACACCAAAUUUUGAAGUAAGUAAUGUUGAAAAUAAUUCUCAACAUAAUAUUACAACUUCACAACAUAAUCAGAGCACAAAUACAUCAAAAUCAGAAAAAAGUAACAAAAGAAAUAAAUUUGAAAUGAAAAUACAAAAACAUCAAAGUCGAACGUUGAGAGCCGUUAAAGAUACCGAUAGGUUUUACGACGAAUUACCUGAAAUGGUGAGACAAGAAUUCGUCUAUGUAAACACACCUGAGGAUUUCUAUAUACCUAGAAAUAUUUUUGUUAACAAAACUACAUACAAAUUAAAUUUAGAAAAUCUUAAAAGAAAGAGGUUGAAAUCUUUGUCGACAAAUUCGUCAGGCAGUGAUUCAGAAGAUGAAAUACGAUGUCUUAAAAAAUUAAGGAAUGUUGAAUCUGUUCCACCGCAAAAUAAUAAUAUAGUACAACUAUAUCCGCAUUUAAGGUUGCCAAGAAUCAACCAGCAAUUUCGACCCUUUCUAUUGUGGAGGCCGCAAACUAAUUUCAAUUUCAUCAACUUUAACACAUAUCAUCAGAGAUUUCAGAGCCAAUUUCCGCCCAGAUUACAUUUUUUUAAUAGGCCAAAUCCGUUUUUAAGACCAUUUCCAAACGUAAACAUCUUAGAUUCAAAUAAUGUUAACGAUAAUUCAUUCCGUAGAGCGCCGAAAAGGCCAAGAAAUGCUAAGCAGUUUCAUUUGCAAGCAGUUACAAAUCUUGCUGCCAAAGUGAAAAACCAUGUUUUGUCAGGAAAUUUGGUAUUGCCUGGCAACACACAAAUGCAUACUGUUCAUGCGCUACAAAAGCUUUUGCAUGCCUAUAAUGUAAAAUUUAAUGCAAAAUUACGUCUUAGUCCGCAAUUUGAGUUAGUAGAUGAAACAAAUGUUGUAGAAACAAUAGAAUUAGAUGUUGAAGAAGAAACACAAAGUAAAAAGCCACGAUUGGAAGAAGAUACAUUUAACGAGAACUUCAACAAAUUGCGAUUGAUAGCUCAGAAAUUAAGGAAUCUCGAAAUGACGGGUAUUUCUACAUCAAGCCACAGGCGCGCUUUAUCUGCAGCUAUUAGAACAUUCAACAAAUCAUACAAUGCCGAUGUUUACUUAAAUGAUAAAUAUGAAAUGAUCGAUCGGAGAUACAUAACGCUCGACUCGAGUUCCGAUAGUGAAUGUGUUGUGCAGGAAGAUAAGAAAAGUCAUAAAACAAAGAAAUUGAAGAAUCCUUUUUACAUAUUAAAACAUCUUUCUGAAAAACAAAGCAAUGGAAAUGCUAGUACCAGUAAAGAUAACACAGAAUCUGAAUUUGAAUACGUAGCCAAAACCAAUAAAAGGACAUCAUCAUGUGAUGAGGAUUCUAUGGAUGAAGAAAUCGAUACAACUUGGUGGACUGAAGACAAUAAACUCGCCAAAGCAGAAUUAUGUUCAAACAAUGAAGAUAAUUUAUGCGUGACAUAUCAAGAAGAUGAACUUCUGUAUGAUUUUUUGAAAAGUCAUAAGAAAAACUACCAGGACUGGGUUGAAAUUAAAAUAGCGUUUGCGAAAUAUUUAAAACAAAUAAAUAAACAGUAUGAGACUGAACAUACAAAUAUCCUAGCCAUGACAAUUGAAAAUCAGUCUAAUUUACGUUCUAUAAUAGGCCCAGAAGACUGCUCAGACAUGCCAACAUUAUUAAAAAAGUUAAGAAUUAUUAAAACUAACAGAUCGGUGGAUGCAGAGAGUAAUGUUAAGAUUGACUUCGAUGUUUAUAAUAGAGAUGUACCAAAUUUUAGGAAGUCUAAUCUACCAAAGCCACAUUUCAGGGUUGUUUGUUACAGUGACUCAUCAAAGUUACCGUCGGGAAGCGACAUAGCCUCCCUCCACGCCAAGUAUGAUGACAAAAUACCUACAGUAUUCGCUGUUGUGGGUGUAGGAUCAGUAUCAUAUUUACAAAUCAACUCUGUUGAUUUACCCGUAUACUUACCAACCAACAUCCAGUGAAUUUUUAUUGAUAUUUUCCUACUACAACAUUCGAAGCUAAUUAUGAUAAGUGUUAAGGCCUAUUCAGAAACGCAAUAUUCGUAGCCGCUAGCAGUAACCAUUGAGUGUGGGUAUGGAUGGAUGAAUGAUUUGAAUACAAGGAGAAAUGGAAGGCGUAGUAUUCGCGACUGUAAGGUCAUUAAUUUUGAACUCUAUACCGAAUGUAGCGGUCCUAUAAUUAAUUUCAGAAACAAAGUGCAGGCAGCUAUCGUCUCUUCAAGCGUCGAGCAAUAUGUCUCUCGAUGUAUAACAUUUUAUAAGCUUGUACUUACCACCAAGUUCUAUGUAGUCCGGAGCUGAAAUAAAGUACUGCUUACUAGUAUUUGAUACGAAUCACAGUAUGUUAAAUUCGUUAUUUCUCUGUCUGGAAUGGUACGAAUAUUGAAAUCUGAAUAGGCCUGUUAGUUAUAAUUGAUUCGAGAGGACAGUGGCGGAUCCAGGAUUGCAAAGGGCCUGACCGAUAAACACCUUGUUAUAGAAAUUUAAAAUUUUAAAUAUGGAAAGUGGACUGAUGAAAAUAAUGCUGUAAAAAUUAUAGCACUAAGAAUGUAGGUUAAAAUUAAAAUUAAAUUUAAAAUUCGUCAGGUUUAUUUUGAUGGGCGGCUUCAGCCCCUUAGCCCUUUUCCUGUAUCCACUACUGAGAGAUGUGAAAACGACAGAUUGGAAAGCUGGCCUUAUUCAAUACUAUAUUUACUACCACAUUACAUUUUUAAGAUGAAGAUUUUUGAUGUUCUAGUCGAAAAUGGAGAUUACAUCAUUAUCUUUUAUUACUAUCGUACUCCUUCCGACCUCAGAGGUUAAAUCUAUUUAAAUAUUUGAUUUAUUACUGUCUCAUUACAUAUAGCAGAUAGCGUAAGCAAUAAAUAACCAUAUUUAUUAUUAUGAGUAAUUUAAUCCCAAGUUUGCAAGGAAUGGGCAUUUAUUAUUAACUUAUUAUAAAUGUUGCCAAAAUAUUUGCAACUUUACUUUUGUGUCUAUAGAUUAACAAAGGCAUUAGUGAUUACAUCUUUGAUGUAAAAUUAUUUAUUCCAUGAUAAUAAAUGUGUGUAAGUAUUUUAAAA